GUAAAUGUCAGUUUCGAAAUGGUCGAUUCAAUGUCGAGGAGGUCCACUCGUAUUAAAAAUAUGUAAUGGAUGAUACAAAUGAUGAUACUCAUCUCUGCCUCAGAUGCAAGAAGACUAUCAUAGGUCUUGAAAAUUAUAUAAUUCAUCGAAGACAAAUGUGUAUGUAUCUUCUUUCAUCAAGUAAUGAAACUUCUAUGCUCAGUCCUUCAAUUGAAUCAGAACAUAGAGAAAAUCCUUACAUUGUUCACCUUUCUGCAGAUCAUUUUUUCUCUAGUUUAGAACUUCAAAGUAAAACCACUGCUCCUAAGAAUUCGAUUGUGGAAACUACUGAAAGUCAGAGAAUCUCUACACUUAGUGAUUCAUCUUUGUUUUCAGAUCAAAUACUAAGUAAAAAUGAUAAUGCGUCUUGCAAAAUUUCAAAUGUAGAAAUAGAUUUUCAUCUUGAUGUAUCUAAUAGCAGCGAAGAUUGCCAAAAUUAUUUUUAUCCGCCUAGAUCACACACGGGUGGUAAAUGGAAACCGGGGACACGACCCGACAUCGAUAAUCGGAGACAGUGGGAUGUUCACUCUUAUCCUCCCUCUCCUGCUGAUGAAAUUGAUACUUAUGAUGAAAUUUCUGUGGAUACAAAAACAGAGAAAUUGAAACAUACCAAAGAAGAUAUAAACAGCACUAGAUUAGAAAGUAGAAACACUUCAGAAACAUUUCCUAAAGAAAUAAAUCAAAAGAAAACUAUAAAAACAAAUUUAAUGAGAAAAAAUGUUGCGAAAAAUAAAUCUGAAAAUAAUGAGAAUGAUUGUAAAUGUGCACCUUGCAACAAAAAUUUUGAAAACAAAAUGAAACUGAUGAUUCAUCUUUUGUCUUCCGAACACCAGAAUAAAUUUGAUAGCGUUGAUCAAUGGCAUAAUGCUGUUUUUUGUCAUCAGCAAAGUUUAGUUUAUACAUCACUUUUUCAAUGUUUAAUCUGUAGAUAUUUUUUCAACAAUGAUAAUGCACUUAUGACUCAUUUAAAAACAGCCUGUCACAUACAAAAAGUGAAACAAUUAAAAGAACCACUUGUGUGUUUAUCAUGUAAUUUUGAAUGUCAUGGAAGCAAUAAUUUAUUAAAUCAUAUACUUUCUAAAAAUCAUCAAAAACAGAUAUGUUGUGUGUCUCAUUAUCAUCCCAUUGUAAUUAAAAACAAGUCCAUGCAUUGUAUAUGUUGUAAUUGGGCCAGUAAUUGUCAAUUACAGGACACACAUCUUAGGCAAGAGAAUGUUAUUUCUAAUAGUAUUAACAGAGAGCAAAGUGCCAAUAAUAAUAAUCCUAAAAAUACUCAAGUGCAAGUGCCUACUAUAGAAGAAAUAUUAUCUAAUUCUGAAUUGUUGAACUCUGUUAAUGAAGAACAAUUGAAAUGCACAGAUUGUAAUUCAAAUUCUGUGUCAUCUAUUGAAUUAAAUGAAGAUCAGAACAGUUGUAAUUCAAACCAAAGGAUAUCAAAGAUUAAAAAUAUAAUAAGAAGAACAAAAAGUAGUAAAAAGAAGAAAGAAUCUGAAUAUGAUAGUAUUCAAAUAAUAAAAUCUGAAAAUAAUGAGAAAACUAAACAUAAUGAUAAAAAACAAAUAAUUAAAAAAUUUUUAUGUCCUUAUUGCAGCAAACCUUAUCCUAAACAUCAUCUUAAGUUUCAUAUUUUUACACAUACUGGUGAAAAACCAUUCAAAUGCUAUAUAUGUAGCAGAGGCUUUGCACAAAGAAGUACACUUCAAGUCCACAUAAAAAGACAUCUGGGAUUGAAACGGUUUAAAUGCGACAAAUGUGAUUUUAGGACCGUACGUAGAAGCGUAUUACUUAGGCAUCAAGAAAUCCAUAAAAGUAAUAGACCUCGUAAUUGCCUUUGCGACAUCUGUGGUUCUCCUCAGUUAGAUCAAUGGUCUCUCAAGCAACACAUGAAAAUCCAUACAAAGAGUACUCACAAAUGUACCCAUUCUGGUUGUCAUUUAACAUUUCGUUCUCCAAGUGAAUUACUGUAUCAUUUACGGGUGCACACAAAUGAAAGACCUUAUCUUUGCGACAUUUGUGGUUACUGUGGUAAGACUCCGCAUCAAUUGAAAAAGCACCAGAGAUCACACACGGGAGAGCGUCCUUUCAAAUGCAAGCAUUGCAAUUAUUCCGCCACUCUCAGCAGCCAUUUACUUCGCCACAUGAGACUGCAUACGGGAUCAAAACCAUACAAGUGUCCUUAUUGUCCUUAUGCUUGUAAUACUCAGGAAAAUAUUAGAAAGCACAUUUUGAAAACUAAGAAACAUGCAGGUAAGAAAAUGUACCCAUGUAAAUUUUGUGAUUUUGCAUGUAAUGAAUUUCAAGAUUAUCGCGAACAUCUGUCAAAACAACACGCAGACCAAUUUCCAAAUGGAGAAAAACAAAUAGACUCCUCAGUUAUUGCUGGGGUAUAUGUAAAAGAUUUUCCAAGACAGGUCGACGAAGUUGUUCCAUAUUCUCCAAGAAAAAAAUCUCCAGAAGUUGCAAAGAAACAGAAGAAGAAGAAAGAUAAAUCUAAUACAAGGACAGAUAUAAAACAUUCAGAGAUGGAAUCCCAAAAAACUGCAAUGCCAGAAACUAUAACAAAUAGUGAAAUUUGUGAUAACGAACAGCCAGAAUCAGUUUUGUACAUAGAAAUUCCUCCAGCGAGCCUUCCACAAAACGUAAGUUCAGAAAAUAUAUUUAAAGACAUUUCCAACGAAUCGAAUUUAGGAACACAAGUAUCUAUAGAUAAUUUAAUCAAUCGUACCGUUUCCGAAUCAUACACUUACUCCGAUGAUGGUACAGGAACCCAAAUAUUAGUUUCCAACGGUUUAGAUUGUAUUAAUACAGAUGAGAUGUCCAAUUUGAUCGAUCCUUCCACACUUCACAUAAUUGAUAAUACAGAAAACAUCAUAUUUAUCUACGUGCCUUUCACCUAACGAAUCGAAAUUUAUUCUCAUCUUAUAGCAGUUUUAGUGCGAAUUUUCUUAUUGAUCGAUCUAAAACCAGAUUUAAAUAAAUUGGAAUUAUCUUAAUAUUUAAGUCGAGUUAGCAUGUGUUUUAUAUGGAAAAUUUUAAUGUUUUUCAUCUGAAACUACGAUAAGAAUUGAAUUAUGAAAUAUCGAUUUGAAAUUUUAUAUUAAUAAUAUAACUUAGGCUAUAUCGCAAUGUAAAAGUUUAAUGCCAUGUAUUUAUAUAACAAAUUAAAUACAUGUUAUAGGUACUGAUUAUAUAUAUAACAGUACAGUAUAUGUUAAUACAGUAUUACAAAGAUAAGAUUCAUACACAAAUAUAUGCUCUUACAGAAAUGCAAAUUGCAAGUACUCAGCAUAGUUAUAACGUUCAGAAAAGAUACCUUUGUAAUCAUUUAAAAUUAUCGUUAUUGAAUUUUCUUUGUAAAAAUAUAAAACUUUUAACGUAAAAUACUAUGUACUACAUCCUUAUCAAUACCGAUUUCGAUGGGCAGACCGUAACUUAAGGCAAACAAGUUUCGUUUAUUCGUUUAUGUUACAAUUAUGCAUUUUGGGCCAGCCUUUCUUCAGACUAUUAAAAUAAAAGCAUUAUUAUUAUAUAACAUUGUAACUUUUGUGUAUAUUAUUUAGUCUAUAGUAGAACUGUUUCGCUUAACGUUGCAUUUUGUAUGAACCUACCGAUGAAGCGGUAAACAAAGCGGGCAAACAAAAUAAACGGUAGCCAAAUCUUGCAACACUGGAAGGAAUACUAAAUAAUGCUGGAGUUGGAACUCAAAGGAUUAUAGACCCAAAUGCGCGGAAAGGAGAGAAAGGUUGGAAAAUUAAGGGUCAAUAUUUGCAUAACAGGUAGUAUAUUUAACCUUUCUCACUACUAUUUAUCUUUUGGCUAGUGAUGCAACGAAUAGUAAGUUAUAUUCGGCCAAACUAUUCGGCUUGAUUAACGCACGUACGAAA